AUGGCUCGGGCCGCCGGGCUCCGCGGCGCGGCCCCACGCGCCCUUCUGCUCCCGCUGCUGCUGCUGCCGCUGCUCCUGCCGCCGCCGCUGUUGGGCCGGGCCUGGCCGCCGGAUGCGCAUGGCCGGCGCCCCAUGACAAGGGGGCCUCAGCCUUGGCAUGCAGCUCUGCCCAGUAGCCUGGUGCCUGCCCCUGCCACCCAAGAGGCCCCCCGGCCUGCCAGUGGCUCCAGGCCUCCCCGCUGCGGCGUGCCUGACCCACCCGAUGGGCUGAGUGCCCGCAACCGGCAGAAGCGGUUCGUGCUGUCGGGCGGGCGCUGGGAGAAGACAGACCUCACCUACAGGAUCCUCCGGUUCCCUUGGCAGCUGGUUCGGGAGCAGGUGCGGCAGACAGUGGCAGAGGCCCUGCAGGUAUGGAGCGAGGUGACACCACUCACCUUCACUGAGGUGCAUGAGGGCCGCGCUGACAUCAUGAUCGACUUCACCAGGUACUGGCAUGGGGACAACCUGCCAUUUGAUGGGCCUGGAGGCAUCCUGGCCCAUGCCUUCUUCCCUAAGACCCAUCGAGAAGGGGACGUCCACUUCGACUAUGAUGAGACCUGGACUGUCGGGGACAACCAGGGCACAGACCUGUUGCAGGUGGCAGCCCACGAGUUUGGCCAUGUGCUGGGGCUGCAGCAUACGACAGCAGCCAAGGCUCUGAUGUCCCCUUUCUACACCUUCCGCUACCCACUGAGCCUCAGCCCAGAUGACCGCAGGGGUAUCCAACACCUAUAUGGCCAGCCCUGGCCUGCCCCCACCUCCAGGGCUCCGGCGCCAGGUCCCCAGGCUGGGAUGGACACUAACGAGAUUGCACCGCUGGAGCCGGAAGCCCCACCGGACGCCUGUGAGGCCUCCUUCGAUGCAGUCUCCACCAUUCGGGGCGAGCUCUUCUUUUUCAAGGCAGGCUUUGUGUGGCGGCUGCGUGGGGGCCGGCUGCAGCCUGGCUACCCGGCACUGGCCUCUCGCCACUGGCAGGGACUGCCCAGCCCUGUGGACGCGGUCUUUGAGGAUGCCCAGGGACACAUUUGGUUCUUCCAAGGCGCUCAGUACUGGGUGUACGAUGGUGAGAAGCCAGUCCUGGGCCCCGCACCCCUCUCUGAGCUGGGUCUGGUGGGAUCCCCGGUCCAUGCCGCCUUGGUCUGGGGUCCUGAGAAGAACAAGAUCUACUUCUUCCGAGGAGGGGACUACUGGCGUUUCCAUCCCAGCACCCGGCGUGUGGACAGUCCCGUGCCCCGCCGGGCCACCGACUGGCGAGGGGUGCCCUCUGAGAUUGAUGCUGCCUUCCAGGAUGCCAGUGGGUAUGCCUACUUCCUGCGUGGUCGCCUCUACUGGAAGUUUGACCCUGUGAAGGUGAAGGCUCUGGAAGGCUUCCCCCGCCGUGUGGGCCCCGACUUCUUUGGCUGUGCUGAGGCUGCCAACACUUUCCUCUGA